AUGAAGUUUGAUCCGCUUAGUAAUAAGGGAUUGCUAGCAUUAACUCUUCCAAACAAUUGUGCUCUUCCUUUCUUGUUUCACUUUGCUGCUGGCGGUAUUGCCGGUGUUAGCGAAAUCCUUGUGAUGUAUCCGCUUGAUGUUGUGAAAACGAGAUUUCAAUUGCAAGUUAAUGCUGCCGGCGGAGAAAAAUAUACCUCUGUGCUUGAUUGCCUUCGGAAAAUUGUCAAGAAUGAAGGUCGUCUUUAUAGAGGUAUCCUUCCACCGAUCUUUGUCGAGGCGCCAAAAAGAGCGAUUAAAUUUUCAGCGAAUGAACAAUAUUCUACUUUAUUAAAGAAAUUUUAUGGUGUGGAUAAUAUGACACAACCAUUGUCAAUUGCAUCAGGUAUUUGUGCAGGUUCUACAGAAGCUCUUGCUAUAGUUCCAUUCGAACUUGUCAAGAUUCGUCUCCAAGAUAAAGCAAGUGCUGGGAAAUAUCACGGCACAUUCGAUGCAGUAGUAAAAAUUGUCAAAAAUGAAGGUCCCUUAGCGUUGUAUAAUGGGCUAGAAUCCACAAUAUGGCGUCAUGCCACAUGGAAUGGUGGAUAUUUUGGAGUUAUUUUUAAUGUGAGAAGAAUGCUUCCCAAACCGAAAUCAAAACAGCAAACUUUGUUAAACAACUUUAUUGCGGGAGGCAUUGGUGGUACUGUAGGUACGAUUAUAAAUACACCAUUCGAUGUGGUCAAAUCGCGAAUCCAGAAUGAUUCUGGAGUUGUGAAGAAGUAUAAUUGGACAUUGCCGGCUAUUAAGACAAUAGCUGUAGAAGAAGGACCUAGUGCUCUCUAUAAAGGUUUUGUUCCUAAAGUUCUUAGACUUGGACCUGGUGGUGGUAUUCUUUUGGUUGUGUUUGAUCAAGUGAGCACUUGGAUGAGAAAAUAUUUAAUAUAG